AUGGCGGAUUUCGAGGAGUUGAGGAAUAUGGUUUCUAGUUUUAGGGUUUCUGAACUACAAGUGUUACUAGGCUUUGCUGGACGGAAUAAAAGUGGACGCAAGCAUGACCUCCUGAUGAGGGCGUUGCACUUAUUGAAGAGUGGCUGCAGCCCUGCGGUUCAAAUAAAAAUUCGAGAAUUGUAUAGACGCCGAUACCCACGGACUCUUGAAGGACUCUCUGAUUUAUCCACAAUCAAAUCAUCAGUUUUCAGUUUGGAUGGUAGCUCAUCACCUGUAGAACCUGACUUGGCUGUGGCUGGAAUCCACACGUUGCCUUCCACUUCAAUUACACCUCACUCACCAUCCUCCCCUGUUGGUUCUGUGUUGCUUCAAGAUACUAAGCCCACGUUUGAGAUGCAGCAGCCAUCUCCCCCAAUUCCUCCAGUCCAUCCUGAUGUGCAGUUAAAAAACUUGCCCUUUUAUGAUGUUCUUGAUAUUCUCAUCAAGCCCACGAGUUUAGUUCAAAGCAGUAUUCAACGAUUUCAAGAGAAGUUUUUUAUUUUUGCUCUGACUCCUCAACAAGUUAGAGAGAUAUGCAUAUCCAGGGAUUUUUUGCCAGGUGGUAGGAGAGAUUAUACAGUCCAAGUUCAGCUGAGACUUUGCUUGGCAGAGACAAGCUGCCCUCAAGAAGAUAACUAUCCCAAUAGUCUAUGUAUAAAAGUAAAUGGAAAACUUUUUCCUUUGCCUGGCUACGCACCACCACCUAAAAAUGGGAUUGAACAGAAGCGCCCUGGACGCCCUUUGAAUAUUACAUCUUUAGUUAGGCUGUCUUCAGCUGUGCCAAACCAGAUUUCCAUUUCUUGGGCAUCAGAAAUUGGGAAGAAUUACUCCAUGUCUGUAUAUCUUGUACGGCAGCUCACAUCAGCCAUGUUAUUACAGAGAUUAAAAAUGAAAGGUAUUAGAAACCCUGAUCAUUCCAGAGCACUAAUUAAAGAAAAACUUACUGCAGAUCCUGAUAGUGAAAUUGCUACAACUAGCCUUCGGGUAUCAUUGAUGUGCCCUUUAGGGAAAAUGAGGCUGACAAUCCCAUGCCGAGCAGUGACUUGUACACAUCUACAGUGUUUUGAUGCUGCCCUUUAUCUGCAAAUGAAUGAGAAGAAGCCUACCUGGAUUUGUCCUGUGUGUGACAAAAAAGCUGCCUAUGAAAGUCUAAUUUUAGAUGGCCUUUUUAUGGAAAUUCUGAGCGACUGUUCUGAUGUGGAUGAGAUCAAAUUCCAAGAAGAUGGCUCUUGGUGUCCAAUGAGACCGAAGAAAGAAGCUAUGAAAGUAUCCAGCCAACCGUGCACAAAAAUAGAAAGUUCAAGUGUCCUCAGUAAGCCUUGUUCAGUGACUGUAGCCAAUGAGGCAAGCAAGAAGAAAGUGGACGUUAUAGACCUAACAAUAGAAAGCUCUUCUGAUGAAGAGGAAGAUCCUCCUGCCAAAAGGAAGUGCAUCUUCAUGUCAGAAACACAAAGCAGCCCAACCAAAGGGGUUCUCAUGUAUCAGCCAUCUUCUGUAAGGGUGCCCAGUGUGACUUCGGUUGAUCCUGCUGCUAUUCCGCCUUCAUUAACAGACUACUCAGUACCAUUCCACCACACGCCAAUAUCAAGCAUGUCAUCAGAUUUGCCAGGUUUGGAUUUUCUUUCCCUUAUUCCAGUUGAUCCCCAGUACUGUCCUCCUAUGUUUUUGGAUAGUCUCACCUCACCCUUAACAGCAAGCAGUACGUCUGUCACCACCACCAGCCCCCAUGAAAGCAACACUCAUGUUAGCUCAUCCAGCAGCAGGAGUGAGACAGGGGUCAUAACCAGCAGUGGAAGGAACAUUCCUGACAUCAUCUCAUUGGACUAA